GUACAUGUACUUGACUAAUCCUCAUACACAGGAAUAAUAAUGCAUUGGUCAAGGAAGGGAUGGGAUCUGAGAGGACUGCUGAGGAAGAACCAGCUCCUGAUAGCAACUAUUCUGUCGGUGCCACUUGGCAUUGGGCUGGGCAUAGCUGUCCGUGACUACGGCAAUCUGUCCCAGCUGGGGAAGUUCUACUUGGGCUUCCCGGGUGAGAUCCUCAUGCGCAUGCUAAAGCUCAUCAUCCUGCCGCUCAUCGUCUCCAGCAUCAUCACAGGUGUAGCAUCCUUGGAGUCAGAGGUAUCAGGCCGAAUUGGGUUGCGUGCUAUCGUGUACUACUUUACCACUACCGUGAUCGCUGUUGUCCUGGGAAUCAUUCUGGUGAUUGCCAUAAAGCCUGGAGGAUCAGUAAAUGCUGGUGACAUUGGCAGGUUUGGGACUCCUCAGAAUAUGUCGAUGGUGGACGCCAUGUUGGAUCUGAUCAGGAACAUGUUCCCUGAAAACCUUGUGCAGGCCUGCUUUCAACAGUACAAAACCAAGCGUGAAGAAAUUGUUCCAACUUUAGGAGUAAUGAAUACAACCACAGUCCUGUCUCUGUCUCCCACCACCUCUCCACAGGGGGAUAGUUCCAGGGACUACCAAAUCACUGGAUCAUACCUAGAUGGGAUCAACAUCCUGGGCCUUAUCGUCUUCUGCCUGGUGUUCGGGUCUGUCAUCGGAAAGAUGGGUGAACGUGGGCGCCCCCUGUUGGACUUCUUUGACGCCUUAAAUGAGGCGACUAUGAGGGUGGUGCAGAUCAUUAUGUGUUACAUGCCUAUCGGGAUACUGUUUCUGAUUGCUGCCAAAAUCAUUUCAGUGGAUGACUGGAGCAUUUUCACAAAGCUGGGCCUCUACAUGGUAACAGUGCUUAGUGGACUAGCCAUUCAUGCCCUGCUGGUCCUGCCUCUGCUCUAUUUGGUUGUGGUGAGGAAGAAUCCAUAUGCAUUUGCCUGGGGGAUGGCUCAAGCCCUACUCACUGCACUCAUGAUCUCCUCCAGUUCAGCCACGCUACCUGUGACAUUUCAGUGUGUUGAGGAAAACAACAGGGUGGACAAGCGCAUCACUCGCUUCAUGCUGCCCGUGGGGGCCACUAUUAACAUGGAUGGCACCGCCCUAUAUGAGGCUGUGGCGGCCAUCUUUAUCGCCCAGCUCAAUAAUUACCCUCUGGCCAUUGGACAGAUCAUCACUAUCAGCAUCACAGCAACAGCAGCCAGCAUUGGUGCUGCAGGUGUUCCUAAUGCUGGUCUUGUUACCAUGGUGAUUGUUUUGACAGCUGUGGGCCUUCCUGCCAAUGAUGUCACUCUGAUCAUCGCUGUUGAUUGGCUCCUGGAUCGUUUUCGCACGGUGAUCAAUGUGUUGGGAGACGCGUAUGGAGCCGGGAUUGUGGAGAAGCUGUCUAAAGCAGAACUGGUCAGGAGGACGUCCUCCCUGUCCGCUGCUGACCCAGAGCACCACCACGCUUCGUUGAGUUUGCCCCUGGAUGAGGUGUGUGAGAAGCCAGGACAGCCCAACGAAGGUCUCACAGUGACCAAGGGUGAUGGAGGACAGUGUGGCGCUAACGUUUAGCACCUCAAGCAAGGACAAACUCAAUUCUACCAUUUGUCUAUUACAGCAUACAAAGGACAAGAGUCAUGUAAAUGUAUGACAAAUAUUCAUUUGAUAGUCAAUUUUUUGUUUUGUUUAUAUUGUAGUAUUGUAUGCUAACAAUACAAGUACAAAAGCAUA